CACCAUAGACUAGUUGGCCACUUGGUUCUGUGUUGUUGUUUGAUUGUAUUCAAAAAUAAUAUAAAGAAUGCUAAUAGUCAGCUGAUAUUUUUUUAAUAAGCAAAUUGUAAUGGUGUUAUCACUAUUUGCACAUUAAUGAUUUUAAUCAACUUGUGCAAAAUAUUGUUUACAAUCGUGAUAUAUUUUUAUUUUACUUUAUUUACAACCAUGAUGUUUCUUAUCAGUAAAGGUCUUAGGUCAAAAUUGGACUAAAGUUCGUUAAAAAAGUUUAAUUUAUUUUACUACAAAAAGAAUUAAUUUCAUAUAUUAUAAAAUGGAUAAGAAAUUCCAUACCUUUUUGACAGCCAAUAAUUUACAAACAAGACCAGGCGCUCAGCACGGACUAUGGCUGGCUUUUUUAUUACCAUUAGCCAUCAGUGUAAGUUAUUACCGAAAUUUAGAGGUUUCAUCUGAAAUAUAUCGAUUAAAUGCAGUAUUGAGUGUAAAUUUAUUACUAAGCGUAAUGAUAACAAUUAUAGAGACAUUGCAAAAAUUGUCCUCUUUAGCUAGUAAAAUAUGUUUAUUAGUUGUUGUUGCAGCUACAGCAACCAUAUUAACAGUAAUACUACUUAAAGGUUUGUUGUUCAGUCUUUUAAUAAGCUUUUUUGUGACCUUUGGUUUUAAGAAAUCAUUAUUUACCAUUAUUAAGCUAUUUCCACGAAGUUUUUCAUUUGGAGAAGCUUGUGUUUGUGCUGAAGGACUGAUAUUCUUUAUGGUUUCUUUUUAUAUUAAUAUAAUUGCUCAUAAGCAAUCUCAGAAUGAAAGAUUAGGAAGCAUAUCAACUACUGUAAUUCAGAUUGGGUUAUUUGGUCUUGGACUGAUAUGUUUGACAAGCUAUUAUUUUAAAGGAAUAUUAUGCAGAACAAUUCCUUUCUACAUUUUUAUAAUUUUAUCAUUAUUUAUUUUAAUUAUUUUGCCCCUCCAUGUUGUCUUACAACGAAGUCCAAUUCUGUGGAUCAUAAAUUUAUUCACUGCAGACAGGAAUACUGUUUAUGUCUUCUUUUACUGGAUAUUGUGUUGUAUUGUAGCGACUUUAAUUGUUCGUAAUCAAAUUGAAGAUGGCAAUAAAGCCUCUACAAUAGUUAGAAAGACUUUUCAUGUUUUAGCAGUCGCAGUUUAUUUACCAGGAUUAUUAUAUUGCUGUAAUUUGCUUUAUCUUGCAAGUGGAGUCGUUUUAGGGAUAUUUGUUGGAUUAGAACUUUUGAGGAUCUUAAAAAUAGAACCAUUGGGACCCAUAUUACAAGAUGGUUUUCACGUUUACAGUGAUGAAAAAGAUGUGGGUUCGAUUGCUCUAACGCCAAUUUAUUUAUUAGUCGGAUGCUCUUUACCAUUAUGGAUUCACCCUGAUCCAUGUGACGUAGUGGACUCAGCGGGAUUUAAUUUGUUACCCCUAACCAGUGGCUUGCUUACUAUUGGUAUAGGGGAUGCAGCAGCUAGUGCAAUGGGGAAGAAAUUUGGAAAGCAUAAGUGGCCUGAUUUGAGCAGUACAUUCUCCUCAGAACAAGCUUAACAAGCAAGUAGAACCUGUAGGAGGUAAAAUUAAAUACCUGUGUGCAGGUCUUACAAAAAAAAGAACAUUUUAGUCGAAUCUAACAUAGCUAAAUUAAAAUUAGUAAAACAUAUUAAAAAUGUAUAUAUUUUUUUCAUAAAUAAAGGAAUGUAAAGUGUGCAAAUGAAGCAACACUAGCUGUUUCAAAAUAUAAAAACCAUCACGGUUUUUAGCAUGUAGUUCAUUAACAAAAAACAAGCAUUUUGCUGACGCGAGUUCCAUUUUUAUUUUUUUGUGUUUGAUCAUGAGGGCAACCAAAAAGUAAGACUAAUUUUUUAGUAUAUUAUGUUUAUUCUAUG